AAAGAAGAAGAAUCCGUGACGUUGGCUCUUUGCCCCUUAAUCGCACGUCACACCAAGACAUCGCUGUUGAAUAGUUCAGCAGUUUACCCAGCCGUCCACCUUGCAAUGUAUACCCUGUCAACCUGCCCAUUCUCAGCAAACACACCGGAAUUGCAAUGAAGGCAGGGGCUUCGUCCGUGUGGGCUUCAUGCUGUGGUCUGCUGAAUGAAGUGAUGGGUACUGGAUCCGUCAGAGGUCAUCAGUCAGGCUUUGGAGCGGGUGCUGGACGAUUCAGGUUCGCCCCCAGUGCUGGGUACUCCACAUACCCUCCCACUAGUUCAGCAAGUCCUAGUCUUAUGUGCAAGUCCUGUGGUCUGGCGUUCUCAGUCUUCAGGAGGAAGCACAUUUGCAGCGACUGCAAGAAGAGCUUCUGCUCUCUGUGUUCCGUUCCUCUUGAGAAUGUACGCAUAUGUCUCAUAUGCCAUUUGCUGAAGGCAACAGCCUUCCGUCGGCCAGGGCUCAUGCGGCUAAGGGUCAGGGAGCUGCGACAGUACUUGUUGCGCCACAAUGUCCCCAUCGACACUUGCAGGGAAAAAGUAGACCUGGUGGAUCUGGUGCUCUGUCAUCAAGGCAGUGAGGAGGAGGAGGAGGAGGAGGAGGAGGAGGAAGAAGAAGAAGAGGAGCAGCCUGACACAAGUAGUCUCCACUCACGUUCCAUGUAUACUCCACCACCUUCGAGCACGCAGUCUGCCUCAGAGCUGUCCCAACUCGCUGCCUCUCAAGAGGAACCUCUUAGCAGGAGUGAUAGUUCUGACAGCAACCAGGACAUAGGUGAUGCCACAUCAGUGUCACUUCUCAACUUGGACCCCAGUGAACACUCACCUGAGACAAGCCCUCCGAAACGGCGUCUGCUGCGGGCGUCACUCUCGGACAUCUCCAGCGUGAGUGACAUCGAGGACCUCUCUGUCAGGCAGUUGAAGGGGAUCCUGGCCAGGAACUUUGUCAACUAUUCAGGGUGCUGUGAGAAAUGGGAAUUGGUGGAGCGGGUCAGCAGACUCUACAGAGAGACGGAGGAGAACAGGAAAUCAUUGGGAAAUGUGAGCUGUGCUACAAGCAAAGUGGUGCCCUUUCCCCCUCCUCUCUGCAAUGGGGCCAUUGGAGAUGGGGAGAAGAAGCCGCUGAUGUUCCUCAAUGAGAACCUGUGCAGGAUAUGCAUGGACGCCGCUAUCGACUGCGUUCUGCUCGAGUGCGGCCACAUGGUGACUUGCACCAAGUGCGGCAAGAGGAUGAACGAGUGCCCCAUCUGCAGGCAGUACGUCGUGAGGGCUGUCCACGUCUUCAAGUCCUAAUGCAACAUCAACACUUCAGCUUAGACUCUGACGGUACCUUAAAUAAACCAUGCAGAUCACAUCCUCUCAAUCA